AUGUUCCUCAAAAGUGGACGGAUCCAAGCCGCGAUACAGGUUUCAUUUCGGCUCCGAGGUGCACCUCCGCAGUCAACAUGUCGGGACGGGCUUGACAAGCUGAACAACAAGUACGGACAUAGUCCAUGCACCCUGCAAGACCAGCUCAACCAAGCUUGCUCUGACGACCCUGGACCUUGUGCUAGUCGCCCUUCUCACUGCGGACGCAUGCUCAGCAAUACCAUGAUGUAUAAUGUCGGUGCAGCAUGUCAAGCUUGCUCAGGCAACGCUACCUCUACCUGGUCGCAAUGGGCGAGCGCACACUCCUGUGGGUCUACACCUGGUCCACCCCCCUCUCAUCUUCAAGUCCAAAAAGACACUGUCCCGGACUGGGCCUACCAGAACCUCUCGUCAUCCAGCGACUUCAACUUGGCAGCUGCUCUUGCGCAGUCUCCGCCGAAUCAAGGUCUAUCAAAGGGCGCAGAAGUGGCUGUGAUCAUCUCCGUAGCAAUGGGCGCGCUGCUGCUGUCGUCGCUCGGCUUCUGGUGGUAUUGGCGACGGAAGUGGGCACGCCAGCGGAAUUCGCGACAGAAGACACUCCCGCUCCUCCCAGGACAGAACUCACCAUUCCACCCUGCGAAGUGGUUGCGGUGGGUCGGCUUAUUCCGUGGGUCGCAACGCCUUCGCCCGACAAAGAAGAACUCCGAGUGGGAGAUCGACGAUGACGACGACGACGACGACGACGGCACGGAACUCCUCUCGCAGUCUAGCGGAAAGCGGAACAGCUACCACAGCCCGUACUCUGCGCUGUCUCCGCAACGUGCGUACCAACACAACGUCAGCCCAAGCACGUCGGGCCACGUGCAGUCUCCGUCGGGCUCAAGCUUGCUCUCGCGCUUACCAAGCGUCAGGUUGCCGUCCUUCUUGGAGCGCUUCUCCAAGUUCAAGGACGGGGUGCCCAAGAGCACGUCAUACAAGUCCAAGUACGUGUCGCCCUCGUCUGCGGACGUCAACUUCCAGAUCGACGGGCCCAUUCCCGAAUCUGGCGAACUCCUCGGACGCAAAGGGACCACGCGCACCGUGGCAGACUUCCGCCCUCGACUUUCGGUCCCAGAACCGGCCCCGGUUCCAGAGUCGGUUCUGAUCAUCUCGAAGGACGGACGGGAUUUCUCACUGGACGACACGACGACUGUCGCAGGCAUGUCGGGAGGCAACUCGGCCCUUUCCCAUCCCCCCUCCGCCUUCGGUGGGCGAUUAACGACGUCCUCCAGGUCGGGCUCGUUCUCCCGCACCGGCACCGCCAGCAUGAUCUCAAGCACGGGCAGCUCCUCCUGGCUGCCCUCCCGCAGCCACCGCGCGGAGACCUCCUCGACCGUCUCGGGCGCGUACCCGCACGAGCUGCGCCGCGAUCCGGACCUCGCGGCGCCGCCCAGCUGGGCGAACAAGUUCCCCCUCCCCCCCGCCAUCGUCCCGCCGGUGGCCCCGCUGGCGGUGCGGCCGCGGCCGUUGCCGCGGAUGCCGGUGGAGGACCUGGAGCCUCCGCGCGUGCUCCCGGAGGACAGGGAGCGGGAGUCGCCGACGGCGAUGACCCCGCGGACAUUGGCGCGCGGACAUUUCGAUGACGGAGUCAGAGGCAGCCGUUGA